UCCUCUUGAAAAACUCAAAGAAAUUCCUCCCAUUUGAACUCAUUGCUUAUAUUGAUAAGUUCACUUGCAACUACUGCGUGUCUUGAGAAUGAAAGAGAUACUGCGUAUGCAUCCUGAAGUGUAUAGGGCUGCAAAGUCGGGAGAAUUUCAUUCCCUGAUGACAAUAAGUUUGGAAAAUGGAGAGAACCUUUUCCACCAAACAACGCCAAAGGGAAACAAUGUUCUUCACGUUGCGGCUCAAUUCGAGCGGGCAAAUUUCAUCCAAGAGUUUCUUCAAGAUCUACCAAGAUCAUCCCUUCUUUGGAAAUGUAAUUGCAAAGGAGACACUCCCUUACAUGUUGCUACUCAACUAGGAAGCUAUGAAAUGGUUCGAGUAUUUAUUGAUCGGGCGAAAGCAAUACAUCAACCUGACGAAUACAAAGAGCUACUUAGGAUAUCAAAUUCAGAUGAAGAUACCUUGUUGCACUCUGCAAUAAGAGGACAUUGCAAGGGGGUCGUGGAGUUGCUUAUUGAAGAAGAUCCUCACCUAUGUGAUAUUGUUAAUGCUGCUGGUGAAUCCCCGCUUUAUCUCGCAAUACAUCGAAGAUUUCAGGAUAUCAUUGAGCCGAUUUUAUGUGCUUCCUCGUCGCCAUCCUCUCGUAAGGGCCCUAAUGGACUGACAGCUCUGAAUGCUGCAGGGCUCCUCCCACUAUCAAGUUGCAAGAAAAUCUUGGAGAAGAUACCAGAACUGAUCAGAGAAAAGGAUGAGUGUAGAGGGUGGACUCCUCUUCAUUAUGUCGCUCACUUUGGCAAAGUUGAUGCAGUUCAACUGCUCUUGCAACAUGAUACCUCCGUUGCAUAUGAGUUAGAUAGAGAGGGGAAUUCAGCUCUUCACAUUGCAGCGUUUCAAGGCCACAUCGAGGUCAUUGACAAGCUCGUUACAUCCCAUCCUGAUGCUUGGGACAUAAUAAACUUUAAAAGGCAAACCGCUCUUCAUGCAGCUGUUCUCGGAGGAGAUGUAAAGGUAGUCAAGUACAUAUUAGAGAUGCCAAACCUGAAGAAUAUUAUCAACGAAAAAGACAUUCAUGGAAACACGGCUUUGCAUUUGUCUGUGAAUCUUAGAAAAUACAAAAGCACUCUGAUACUUGCAAGAGACAAGAAGGUGGACCGCUUUGCCACAAAUAAGAAUGAUUUGACCGCUCUUGACAUUAUACAUGCUAACGAUAAGAACAAUCUCUCAAGACUUCUAGCUAUUCGUGCAUUGCAAGGAUCUCAUGGAUUCCCGACUAUUCAACAGUGGGCUGUGAGAGAUAUUAAAAAGAGGUUAGACAAGCAACUUUUUGAGGAUCAACCAGCUGCUCCUCCAACCACAGGAAGCGAUUCGUCAUUGAAAAGCUUUAUUGAGCUUGAACUACUAGUGGCAGCACUCAUAGCUACAGCGACCUUUGCCGCAGCCUUCACGAUGCCAGGAGGUUAUAGCAAUGACGGACCCAACCAAGGAAUGGCGACUCUUGCUGGCAGGCGAUCGUGCAAAGGCAAAUUUCACCUCAACGCCGCAAAUUGCAUUUACAUUGCGAUGUUGGGGAUGGUGCUAGCCUUUGCGUCUGGUGUUUUCUGGGACCCCGACCGUCGUUUUACAUUGCUCUGGGCAGGUCCCGGUGAUCUCCUCCCAAAAUCCACGGCCUGA